UGAGUGAUUGGAUCCAUGAUAACUCGAAGCCAGCACGAUCGCCGAUCCAUCUCUUGCGCUUGAAGACAAGGAGGACGUUCGUUCAGUCUUGUGAAAUCUCAGAUUCUUUCCUCGCGUUUUCUCGCCCGUAAAGCUUACUGCUUUCCAUCGGAUUGUCCCGAUCGCUUCCAUUCACGCAUAGUUCUCGUCCCCGGGAAUCGAUUUGGGAUCAGGAUCGAACAUGGGUUUUCUCGUGACGACUUUAAUCUUCGUCGUUGUUGGGGUCAUUGCUUCGCUAUGCACCAGAAUCUGCUGCAACAGAGGUCCAUCCACGAAUCUGCUUCAUCUUACUUUGGUUAUUACAGCCACAGCCUGCUGUUGGAUGAUGUGGGCAAUUGUAUAUCUUGCACAGAUGAAUCCUCUCAUUGUUCCGAUCCUAAACGAGGGCGAGUAGACAUACUGCUCGGACAUGAACCCAUGUAACAUGUUCUUAAACUUAAAAAAACCGAAUGGGCGAAUUUGAGUGAGACCCGCUGGUAUUAGCUCCUAUGCAAUCGCUAUGUAUCUUUGACAUGUCGGUUUUUUUUUCUGUGUUUGUAAUUCGUAUCCCCCGUGUGAACAUACCCUUUUGGCCUUACAGUCUUUCUCAUUGAUUUUCUGUAUCCAUCCCUUCAUCAAACAACCGACUUCCAGAUUAUAAUGUUGAUGAAAAUAAAUCUUUGGAAGAUUACUCCGUUA